AUAUCAGCAGCAGAUUCCGAGGCAGCGGCGAGCUCUGACCUCGCAUUCAACCUUAUUUCUGCGCUGUACAGGGACCUGCGGGGUGUUGCUGAUGAAGUGUGCAGCAGCAGCAGCAGCGGCAACGCAGAGAUGUGCCGCGCGGGGCUGCAGCACGUAGCAGCUACAGCGGCCACAUUGGCUGCGGAGACGAUGCCAAAGGAGCUGCAUGACGCACUGCAGCAGCUCACUGCUCUCUCCGCGUGCACGGCUGCUGAUGGUAGCGACGACCCCCGCCUAGAAGCAGCGGAGCCACGCUCGCCAGCUGCAGCGGUUCAGGAGCAGCAGCAGCAGCCAUUUGCUGCUCCCCGAGUUGCGGUUCCGUUUGUUUCCCUUGAAGGCUCUGACCUGUGCAUACACUUGCCGCAAGUACCUGAUGCCACAGCAGCAGCAGGAGGAGCAGCGUCUCCUGCAACGGGCACUCCCGCAGCAUCCGAGGUUCCCCUCGGCAGCUUAGAGGAUCAUGGUGCUCUCCAGGAGCAGCGGCAGCAGCAAGAGCAGGAGGACGUUCAACGAGAGCAGCAGGAAGAAGAGACGCUAUUGCAGCUAGACGAGCAGCAGCUGCGACUGCUGUGUGCCUCCGUUGCAGUGCUUCAUGACGCAGCGGUAGAGAAACUGCGUGAGUUUUGGUGCAGGGAAGCGCCGCAUCUGCUCGAUCAGCUGCAGCGAGUCAGCUGCCAUGCUGGUGGAGGUAGUGCUGAUGCUGCUGCUGCAAGUGGAGGCAGCAGCUGCAGCAAACGGCAGCAGCCCACAGAUUUACUGCUGACUACGUGCAAAGAAGGCCCUGCUGCUGCUGCACUGCAGCAGCUAGAGGAACUUGCGGGAGGGCGAGAUAGCUUGUUGUUGCUGCUAGGGUUAAGACCAGCAGACACAGCGACGGAGCAAGGUAGCGGCGGGAAGGCUUUAGAGCUUCACGGGUGCGUGGACGAAGUUUCAGCGGCAAGCCCCUCAGCAGCAGCGACGGCAGCAGCCGUAGCUGCUCCAGGAGAAACAGCAGUAACAGCUCCAGCAGAGGCAGCAGCAACUCCCCGUGUGGUGUCGCUCGCAGACAUAAAAGACUUGUCAUUGCUGCACAGUAAUAUGCCACAGCAGCGGGGGCAGGCAGACGAACGGGCAAGCAGGCCUGCCUCUGCUUCUGUGGUGUCGUUGGCAUCGACAGGCGCUUCGCUUCCAGCAGCAGCAAAGACAGCGCGUGCUGCAUCUGCAGUAGAUAAGGAACAGACAGCGUUUCAGCAGGUGGCGAGACACCUUCAGCAGCUGCAUGCAGCCGUUCGGGACGAAACCAUAAGGCUGCAAGAGCUCGCCUCUUUCUACGAUCUCUUUGCUGCGCAGUCGCUCGGAAUAGCCGACUAG